AUGGGCCAGAAGAAUGAAAGCUCAACUGACUUCAUCCUCCUGGGGCUCUUUCCUUGGUUGAGACACCCCCACCUCCUCAUGCUCAUCAUCCUCCUUUUCUACGCUAUUGCCCUGACUGGGAACUGCAUACUGAUCCUCCUCAUCCUGCUGGACUCCCGCCUCCACACCCCCAUGUACUUCCUGCUCAGUCAGCUCUCCCUCGUUGACGUGGCUUACAUCUCCAGCACAGUCCCCAAGAUGGUCAUCAACUAUUUCACUGGGAAGAAGAACAUUUCCUAUUUGGCCUGUGCCACUCAGCUCUUCUCUUUCCUCACCCUUGCCCUUGCUGAGUGCAUCUUGCUGACGCUCAUGGCCUGUGAUCGCUAUGUAGCCGUCUGUAAGCCCCUGAGAUACACAGUCCUCAUGAACCCCAAGGUCUGUCUCCAGAUGGCUGCUGCAGCCUGGAUUGGGGGAGCCCUUGCAGCCCUUGUACAUACCGUGUACCCAAUGAGCUUCCCUAUCUGCGGUUCCAGGGAGAUUAAUCACUACUUUUGUGAGAUGCCUGCCAUCUUGAGACUGUCUUGUACGGACACAUCAGUCUAUGAGAUGGUGAUAUUUGUGUCAACCAUUGUAUUUCUCCUGGUCCCAUUUAGUCUCAUCCUCACCUCCUACACACUCAUCUUGCUCACAGUCCUCCAGAUGACCUCUCGCAAAGGCAGGAACAAAGCACUGGCCACCUGCUCCUCCCACCUGACAGUGGUAAGUCUCUACUUUGGUCAGACGCCCACCUCAUCCCACACACCUGACCAAGACCAGAUUGGAGCUGUUCUUGGCACUAUAGUGACCCCCAUGCUCAACCCACUCAUCUACAGUCUCAGGAACAAAGAAGUGUUGGGGGCUCUGAGGAGGUGCUCGGGAAGGUGUUGCAAUUGA